UGGCCUUUGUGGUGGAAGUUAGCGUCUUUGAGCCUUUGACGUUUUCUUAGUCUUAAAUAAUUCGAAUACUUUUUUCUUCAUAAAAUAGAAAAGGGGGGCAUUUUCAUCUAAGUUGCACCUACUAUUGCAGUGAAUACUGUUAUCAAAAUAUUAUCGCAUUAUGGAGAUUCUGAAGAAGACGGCUGCGUUUCGCAUUCAGAAGCAGGUUGAAGGCCUGCAAUCUAGUGAGGUCACCGAUAUUUCUCUCAGCGGGGUUCCGUUUCUGCCCGAGCUCUUCACCCCCUACAAAAAUCUUGUUCAUCUCACCCUUGUUUUCCUUAAGCCAAAACUGAAAUCGCUAGAAUCCAUUCCCUUCAGCUGCUUUCCUUCGUUGCGUCUACUGAAUUUGAGUGAUAACGCUGUCACUAUACCGAAUGUCCUUGCUGUAGAACUCGAAGAACUGAAGGGUACAGCCGAGCAGGUGAAUCUGGGAGGUAGUACUACCAACAACGUGGAUGCGUCUACAGCGAAAGGCGUUUUUACAGAAUGUAAAUUAUGCCCGCUCGUUAGUUCUUCAUUGAAGCGUCUACUGUUACCGAAUAAUUGUAUUACGGACAUGGAAGAGGUCCAACGUUUGGCGGUCUCGUUUCCCGAGAUUGAGGUGCUUGACCUGUUUGAUAAUCCCGUCGACACCCCUUCGCACUUCAGCGCCAUCUUUGGGCUUUUCCCAAAGCUUGUUGCGCUGGAUUCAAAAGACAAUGAAGGUUGCGAGGUGGUGGUGGAAGACUCAGAUGAAACCUCCAACGACGAUAUAAGUGAGGAGUCUGAAGAUAGUUCAGAGGAAGAUAGUGAUGAUGCCGAUGAAGAGGACGACGUUUCAGACAACAGAAGCGGAGAUUCUAACGGUUCUCUCACAAGAAAGCGACCACGUUUGCAAUAAAAAGAAGGAUAAGGUUGGACUAACCGAUAUUAUAGAAGAGGUCAUAUAAAAGGUCACAUUCAUAGAAGCAGCUCCCCCGCCAGAGGGAGGAUAAUUUUUUUUUAAAAAGGUCUCACUCAUUCUGAUGCACGUGUGUUGAUGAACGUCAUUAAAU